UGAAGUCCCCGGCGGCCGAGCGGUGCGCCGUGGGGGGCGCUCUCCUCCCCACGGGGCUGGUCCCGCUCCGGUCUGGACCCGUCCACUCCGGGACUUGUGGGCAGCAGAGUUCGAGGGGGCUGCCGGGCCAGCUGGGCCCUGGCCACGGAUCUACGCUCUGGGGGCCCCGUGAGUGUGUGAGGUUGGGGGGCCCGCUCCCGCACCUCCGUGGGCAUCUGAGAUGCGGAGGCGCCCUGGCGGGGCCUGAGGUGGAGAUGCGGAGGCGCCCCGGGGGUCUCGGCCCAGGGUCCGCCGGCGGCCGAGGCGCGCAGGGCCGUGGGUGGGACCCUCCUAGCGGCAGUUCCGCGCGCCUCGGGGUCCGCGAGGCGGGGGUCGCGGGUGGGGCCCCCGAGCCCGCAGCGAGCGCGUUCGCGUAACUGCUAACGGGCAGAGCCGGGCGCCCACGGGCAGCGCGCCUCCGCGCAGGAAGAGCACCAAGCACUUUCCGCGGGGUUAGGGUUUGGCUUUCUCCCGCCCCCUCGGGCUAUUUAGAAAACGCGGAAGGCCGAUUUACGCGUAGCCUGAGGGGAGCGCCCUGCGCAUGCUCAGUGCCGCCCGCCUCUGUUCGCGGGACUCCGAGCGGUGCCGAGCUUGCAGCUGCUCAUGGCGGCUCCCGGGACGCCAGGGAAUCCGGUCUUGAAGGAUGUUGUGGCCUAUGUUGAAGUGUGGUCAGCCAAUGGAACAGAAAAUUAUUCAAAGACAUUUACAAACCAACUUGUGGAUAUGGGGGCAAAGGUUUCAAAAACUUUUAAUAAACAAGUCACUCACGUUGUGUUCAAGGACGGAUACCAGAGCACUUGGGACAAGGCUCAGAAGAGAGGUGUGAAGCUUGUUUCCGUGCUCUGGGUUGAAAAAUGCAGGACAGCUGGGGUCCACAUUGACGAGUCACUGUUCCCUGCAGCUCAUGCUAAGGACCACUUACCAAGCCUAAUUAAAAGGAAACGUAAGUGUAUGCAGCCCAAAGAUUUUAUCCCUAAAACACCAGAAAAUGAUAAAAGACUUCAGAAGAAAUUUGAGAAAAUGGCUAAAGAGCUACAAAGGCAAAAAACAACUAUGGAUAAUGGUGUGCCUGUUCUCUUAUUUGACCCUAGUGGUUCAUUGGUGUAUAGUCCCACGAUUAAAAUGUACAGCGGGCAGCAGAGUGCGAUGGAGAAGAGAUUACAGGAGAUGAAGGAGAAGAGGGAAAACCUCUCCCCCACCUAUGAAUCCUUUGCUGGUGGUCUGCAUACAUCUUUUCACGAUCUUUGUGGGAAUCCAGGAUGUGGAAAUCAGGAAAGGAAAUUGGGAGGAUUCACUGAUGAAAUGAAAAGCGAUACAUGUCUUUCUUCGUCUGUAUUGAAAACGAGUAGUAUGCAGGCCUCAGGAGCUCCCCAUUACCUCAGUCAGUUACCUCCUCAGAAAUCCAUGGGUAACCUUGCAAAGGACAUGGUAAAGGGGCAGGGAGUUCCUACAGAUGCAGCAGGUGUCCCUGCCGGGCAGUGUGAGGGAGAAUCUAAGGAGAUGUUGGAUGAGAAGUAUCAUUUGUCUCCCACGUUAUCUGCAACAAAAGGCCACCCACUGGGACACGCAUGGCUCAGGAGUCCCUCAGCCGAGAGAAGAACGUCAGAGAACUUACAUUCCCUCCGCAGAGAAAAGCUGGAGCAGAGAAGGUGCCUUGGGAAACCCCCUCUGCCAGGACCGCAGCCUCUCCAGCUGGAAAACAGCUGCCAGUUCACGACCGGGCCUGUCAGCAGGACUCCGGGCUGCGAGGACUCCACAUAUGAUGACUAUUUUUCACCUGAUAAUCUUAAGGAAAGGAAUUCAGAGAAUCUUCCUAGAUUCCAGUCAUUAACAAGCCCUGCUCAGCUCCACAGCAGAAUUCUUUCCAAGAGAGAGAGAACAAACAUAUUAGAAAUGUCUGAUUUUUCCUGUAUUGGUAAAAAACCCAGAUCAGUUGACGGUACUGAUUUAGUAGCAAACUCCACAUCCAGUUUUCACACACCCACUAAUGAGGUAGCAAAUACAACUCUGGAUUGCAUGACCGCCCAGGAAGCAUCUCCUGCUAAAGAAACUCCGGGGUGUGGUCACGAGGCUGACGCCCAGAAAGGACAAGACAGAGGCCCGGGUGGGAAAGACUAUGCUCGCGUCACUGAUGAGCCCGCUCGUCACAAGGAACUUGUCGGGAAGGGACAUCAUAGUGGCUGCACUCCCCUGAGAGGACUCAGGGGAGCAACGAGAGAGCUGACGGGCGUGAAGAGUGUCCAGAGGGCUGCCCCCGCCGAGGGCGAGGUGCAGAGUGGGCGCGAGCCGCCUGCUGAGGGGGGCCGUGCAGCGGGAGUCUCUGCAGGAGAGAGGGAGAACUGCUCCGGGGGCUGUAGUGGCAAAAGUGUUAAAAAUGGACCAAAAAGACAAGAUGUUUUAGAUGACUCAUGGGAAGAUUUUAAGGAUCUCAACGGACCUCAUGAGGAAUCAAAGACAAGAGGGAAAGGCCAAAAGCCAACAAGAACAUUAGUCAUGACGAGCAUGCCAUCUGAAAAGCAGAGCGUCAUCAUCCAGGUUGUGAAUAAACUGAAGGGCUUUUCCCUCGCCCCCGAAGUGUGUGAGACCACCACUCACGUGCUGGCCGGGAGGCCCCUGCGCACGCUGAACGUGCUGCUGGGCAUCGCACGCGGCUGCUGGGUCCUCUCCUACGAAUGGGUGCUGUGGUCUUUGGAACUGGGUCACUGGAUUUCUGAGGAACCGUUUGAACUUUCUGACUACUUCCCCGCAGCUCCUAUUCCAUCACUCAGCACAAGGUGUGUGCCUCUGAAAACUACGUGUUGCUGCAAUGACGGAGACGUCGCACAGUCCCUGGCCCCUGCAGACAGCUCGCAGAGCGGACUGCAGACACAUCAGCGAGGAGCAAAACUGUGGAGAGAAGGCCCCGCCAUAGAAAGGAUGCCUUUCUCCAUCAUCACGUUUGCCUUGCGUGUGUGUGUGUGUGUGUGUGUGUGUGUGUGUGUGUGUGUGUGGUGGUUUUUAUAUAAUGAAGCCCCUCUGUGUGACUUUCUGGUGGCUGUGUGGGCCAGAGACGCACUGACCAGCCCUAUCUGGCCUUUUCUAUGUGAUGCUGGUCUUUGUAUCUUAGUGAUGAUAAUAAUUAAAAGGUCACAGAACCUUUGUCAUUGAAGACUACACUGUUAAUAAAGCGUGGGGAUUGAUUCAAAGCAUCUUUAUUACGAGAUCAAAGAACCCCCUGAGUCUCUUAGCGAGACUCUAAGGUCUUAUGACCCCAUUGCGUCCUGGCUGUGAAGGAUACUUAUCAGUUAUUAGCAUUGCUUUCGUGUGCCUGAGAUUCUUCCCGAAGUAACGGAUGAGGGCAGGUGUGGGGGCCACAGUUAGUGGUACUCAGGGCCGCUGUGGGCUUGCCGCCCCCAGAGGAAACUGGCAGUGGGCUGGACCAUACACACGCUGACUGGUCACCUUCCCAGGGAAGAAGGGCUAAGCCCCGACAAGGCUGCAGGUGCCCCUGAGACUCCCCGACACCUCCCUCUGCUUGUCUGUCACUCAGAUCAGCUGUUAUUCCUGCUGUAAAUUUCAAGUCCCUCAACAACUAUAAUGGAUGAACUUCUGGAAUAAACCUUCAAGAAAGGAGGUAGCCAUGCACACAGGAAAUAAAGAAGGGUUUUCGUUUGGAUUUAAUAUAACGUAACCAGCAAUCCCCCAAAACACUCAUGACCGCGUAGCUGGACCUCAGUACAGCUCAGUGGUCUAGGCGGCCCCCACGCUAAAAACCUGGUAUCAUGUGCCCACAAGAGCCCUGGGCUGCCCAGAAGCUCAGGUACUGUGGCGGAGCUCCCCCUAAACCGAGGGUUCCUGAGGACGCUGACAAAAAUAGUGCUGGCUCCUGCUGGGAACAAACCACAAAGGAUUUUCCAUCCCCCGCCACAGCGGCCAUCGAGUGGCCCCCAGGCCAUCUGUGCACCCGGGCCUGCACCCCCAGUGCUGAGUUCUGGUUCCGGACAGCAAGUCAAGUUCCUCUUCCGAAAAGCUACCGACCAAGAGACACUGGUCUGUGCCGGCCAUCACGCCAAGCAUUUUACAUGUGGUACCUCAGUUCAUCCACCCAACAAUCCAGAAGUUAGUUGUUACAGGUCUGAAUCCCUCCCCCAAAACGCCCAGGGCUAAAAGUACCUCAAAAUUAUGGUUUUCCUUUAAUUCUGAAAAGUAUGUGGCUCUCAGCAUUUCUAUUUAACACUGUAUUGGAGAGUCUACUCAGUGAGGAAGGAAUGAAAGGCAUGCAGAUUGGAAAUGAAGAAGUGAAACUAUUCUCAGAUCACAUGAUACUGUAUGUAGAAAAUUACAAGGAAUCAAAAAACAGAAUAAGCAAGAUUACAGGACACGAUAUGUGAAAUUAACUGAAUUGUAUUUCAUCUACUAUCAAUAAACAAUUCAAAAAUGGAAUUAACAGUGGCAUCUAAAAAUAAAUAGGAGUAAAUUUUAUGAAAGAAGUAAAAGACUUGGAUGCUGAAACCUAUAAAACAUUGCUGAGAGAAAUUAAACAUCUAAAUGAAUGGAGAGUACACCAAGUUCAUGGCUUAGAAGACUCAAUAUUGGUAAGAUGGCAGUUCUCCACAAAUUGAUCUGUACUUUCAAUGUUAUCAAGAUCCCAGGUGGCUUUUUUAUAGAAUUGGAAAGGCUGAUGCUAACUUUUAUACAAAAAUGCAAAGAAUCCCAAACAGACAAAACAGUUAAUAGAAAAAGAGUGAAGUUGGAGGAUUCACACUACUUGAUCUCAAAAUUUACUACAUGAAACUAUAGAUAUCAAGUAGUGCGGUACUGGCAUAAAGACACAAUGGAGAUCAAGGAUAAAGAAUAGAGAAUCUAGGUACAAAUCCUCAUGUUGUGGUCACAUGAUCUACAGCAAAGGCGCCAAAGGUAGCUCAAUGCAAUAGGACAUUCUUUGAAACACAUGGUCGUAGAAAAAGGGGGAAAAAUAAGACAGACAAUGCACUUGACGUCCUUACCUCACAUGCAAAAAGAGAAAAUGUGCACUGAUCCUUACCUCACACCAUACACAAAAAUCAACUCCAAAUGGAGCAGAAGCCUUACCUCCAUGUCUCUCCACCUCAGCAACACUAACUACGGACCA